CCAUUUUCCCCUUGGAACGCUGAGCCAAGCCUGACACUGGUUUCACCAGAAAGGGGAACCUCGUCCAGCUGCAUCCGUUCUGAGAGCCAGCAGCAUGGCUUCCGUGGGAGGAGAAAUUCCGGAGGAAUAUUUACAGAUCAAAGUGCUGCUGAAGGGGCCGAGGGAGCCAGUCUCCAGCGGGGUAGAGGCCUCCUGUGCUGUGGACUAAGCAGAAAAGAGACCACAACAGGUAAAGAGCCCCCCUUCCUGCCCCCUUGCCAUGGCCAAGGACUACGAAGAUUUCCAGGCUUUGGAUGUGGAAGAGGAGAGCGGUGUCCCCCUCAGUAAAGUGUUUCUCCCCCAGUUCACGGGCUGGCAGCGUCUUUGUGUCUCCCCCUGGUCUGUCUGUGCCCUGCUUGCUCUGAUCCUAGGGCUCAUCUUUGGGAUCAUCGCGCUGGCUGUCAGCAGCUCACAGCAGGGCGCGGAGCAGCGGGAUCUGCAGGGGGCGCUGGGCAGCCAGAACAGCAGCCUGAACUCGGAGCUUACGGAGCUUGCCCGGAAUGUGCACACCCUGGAGGACAAACUCACCCAGGUGGCCAGCUCCCUGGAUCAAGCAAAGGAAAAUUCAAUCCAAGCUCAGCAACGGCUGGAGGAGCAAGUGGGGAUUCUCCGAGACAGUCUGAACUCACUCAACUGUGACUUGCUUGAAAUGAAAUCCAACGAGAGCCAGCCUGGCUGCUGUCCCCGGGACUGGGAGCACUUUGGGGAGAGCUGCUACUGGUUCUCCAGGGAUCAGAAGACCUGGGAUGAAUCCAAUCUCUACUGCAAAGCCCAGGACUCUCACCUUGUCAUCAUCAACACGCGGGCAGAGCAGCUCUAUGUACAGCGCCGCACGGUCCCAUUGUAUACCUGGAUUGGCUUGACUGAUACAAGUGGCCAGUGGAGAUGGGUGGAUGGUACCAUUUACACCAUGAAUUCACGGGACUGGAGCCCGGGGCAGCCGGAUGACUAUACUGAGCAUGGACUGGGGGGCGGGGAAGACUGUGUCAUGUACCAUUAUGACGGACGGUGGAAUGACGACCACUGCUCCCGCCUGUACCACUGGGCAUGGACUGGAGGGCAGGCCAGCCUGAUGACCACCGUGGCCAUGGACUCGGGGGCGGGGAGGAUUGCGCGCACCUGCAUGACGACGGGUUGUGGAACGAUGAACACUGCACCCGGCGCUACCGCUGGGUGUGCGAGAAGGAGCUAAAGGGUUAAGGCUGGCUGGGGGCGGAGCCAUUUGGGGAGGAAAGGGCGGGGUUUGUUUUAGUACCACCCAAUCAAGUGUGUGGAGCUAGUCAAUAAACAAAUUCAUCAAUGAUG